AUGGAAAGUCGUUGCGAACAAGCGGCGGCUUCGGAAAAAAUCAAGGAUAUGCAAGCACGGGGCCAGGCCAUUCCUUCGGAUCGUGGCAUCGUCGUUUUGGGUGACAUUGCUGUUGCUCGCCAGCGACGCUGCACGUCAACCAACGGCGUUGCUGAUUUUGCAGGUCGGAAGCACGUGACAUUCAUUACUUUUUCAUCGUCAUCCGCUCUCGCUUGCAUGCAUGGGGAUUGGCUGCCGCCAAAACAAAAAAAAAGUGAUCUAACGGUGGCUCAUCGAGAUUCCGGUGACGCCCUUCUGCGGGUCAAGGUACAUCCAUGGUGGGCAGCUGACCCGGCGUCAAGCAUGAGCGAGCAAGAUAGAGAGACAAAGAGUCCCCUUUGGCAACAAGUGAGGGUUGCCAUGACUGAAACCUGCUCACUGUUUGCUGCCUACGUGUCCGUGUUCUUCUUUUGCGGGUAUUGA